AUGUCUUCCAGUUUCUAUACCCUUCCCCUAGUCUUCUUGUCCUUAAAUUUCUUAAUUUUCCCUUCUAAUUCAAUUCACUUCCAAAUUUCUCAUUUUAAUCCUAGUGAUGCCAACAUAGUCUACCAAGGUUCUGCAGCACCAAUCGAUGGAGAGGUUGAUUUCAACAUCAAUGAUGCAUAUUAUACUAGUCAAGUUGGAAGAGUCAUAUUUUCCAAGAAAGUUUUACUAUGGGACUCAAAAAUAGGUCAACUCACUGACUUCACAACCCAUUACACCUUUAUUAUCGACACUCAAAAUAGUUCUAGAUAUGGCCAUGGAAUUGCAUUUUUCUUGGUUCCUUUUGGAUUUGAAAUCCCACCUAAUUCUGCUGGUGCCUUUUUUGGUCUAUUUAACACCACGACAAUGAAUUCAACCAGUAACCUUCUUCAUGUGGAGUUUGAUUCUUACGCAAAUCGUCCCUGGGGUGAGACAACGGAGCAUGUGGGAAUCAACAACAAUUCAAUCAUUUCAUCGGUGUCAACACCUUGGAACGCAAGUUUACAUAGUGGAGAAACUACUGAGGUAUGGAUUAACUAUAAUUCUACAACCAAAAAUUUGAAUGUAUCUUGGAAAUAUCAAAACACCUAUGAUCCUCAAGAAAAAACUAGUAUUUCAUAUGAAAUUGACUUAAUAAAGGUCCUACCUGAAUGGGUUACUAUAGGAAUUUCUGCUUCAACAGGUUCCAUUGGAGAAAAGCACAAACUUCUAUCUUGGGAAUUCAGUUCCACUUUGGAACAAAGUGAUAAUGAUAAUAAUACAAAAAGGACUAGAUUAGUUGUGAUACUAGCAGUCACGUGUGGGAUUGUAGUUAUGGGAGUGGGAGCACUGGCAAUAUAUGCAUUACUUUGGAGGAAAAUAAAGAGAAGUAAAAAGAAAAAGGAAGAGGCUAUGCAUUUAAGAACAAUGAAUGAUGACCUUCAAAGAGGAGCAGGGCCAAGGAGGUUUACCUACCAAGAACUUGAUUUGGCUACCAAUAAAUUUACCGACGAUAGAAAAUUAGGUCAAGGUGGUUUUGGAGCUGUUUAUAAAGGUUACUUUUUCGAUCAAGAUUUAGCCGUUGCUGUGAAGAAAAUAUCAAGAGGGUCAAGACAAGGGAAGAAAGAGUAUGUAACUGAAGUUAAAGUUAUUAGCCAGCUGAGACAUAGGAAUCUUGUGAAGCUCUUAGGAUGGUGCCAUGACAAAGGUGAGUUUCUACUUGUUUAUGAGUUCAUGCCAAAUGGUAGUCUUGAUUCUCAUUUAUUCGGAAAAAGGACACCUCUUUCUUGGAGUGUAAGACAUAAAAUAGCUCUUGGAUUGGCUUUUGGGGUACUUUAUCUACAUGAAGAAUGGGAGAGGUGUGUGGUUCAUAGAGAUAUCAAAUCAAGUAAUGUUAUGCUAGAUUCUAGUUUCAAUGUUAAGCUUGGUGACUUUGGGUUGGCUAAACUAAUGGAUCAUGAGAUUGGACCCCAAACAACAGUGGUUGCCGGAACCUUAGGCUAUUUGGCUCCAGAAUAUAUAAGUACAGGUAAGGCUAGCAAAGAGUCAGAUGUGUAUAGUUUUGGGGUUGUUGCCUUGGAGAUCACAACUGGACGGAAAGCUGUUGAAGUUAUGAGGGAUAAAGAUGGAGAUAAGGGAUUGAUUGAGUGGGUUUGGGAUCAUCAUGGAAGAGGAGAGCUACUUGUGACCAUGGAUGAGAAUUUGCGAAAGGAUUUCGAUGAGAAACAAGUAGAGUGUUUGUUGAUUGUUGGAUUAUGGUGUGCUCAUCCUGAUGUAAGUCUAAGACCAUCCAUUAGACAAGCAAUUCAAGUGCUAAAUUUUGAGAUUGCUUUGCCAAAUCUUCCCCUGAAUAGGCCUAUUGCAACCUAUCAUGCUCCUACACCGACUCUAAGCUCGGUAGAAGCUUCCAUAACCACAAGUCUUCAACAUGGUCGUUAAAUAAUAAUGAUAAAUCUGGUGUUUGUGUCCGUUCUUGUUUUACAUAUGUAUAUCCAUUUUUUGUGUAUGAAUGUUUGAAGUUGGAAAUUAGAAACAGUCUUUUUAAAUAAUAUAUCAUUUUUUUGCU